AUGUCCCCUACAAAUUUCGUCAUACUUGGCAAUUCAGGCCGUCAUAUCUUGAAGCAUUCAACACCUUCCUGUAUGAUAUACCUUCGAGCUGGACAUGUACCACAUCUUACGUGGGAAGUUGUUACGAAUUGGUUGAAAUUCAAUCAAAACCCGAUUUAUCAGCUCACAUUACCAUCAUUACUCGAAUCCUUGAAAGUGGUUCAGAAAUUCGGUAAAGGAGCACCAGCGCUCUGUGGAAUGCCGAAAAACUCCGCCGUUCACCUCCAAAUCAGUGACCCUUUGGGAGAAACGAGGUCCGGAUUUAACGAUACGAAAUCAAUAGCCAUUUUUACGAAGGGAGGAAAGAAAAUGUUGGAUCCACGACUAUACCGUGAAAUUGUGCGAAAUUUCAUGUGCGAUUCGUUCGACACCAUGCUCGAUUAUGACGCACCACGUGGUUCACUCAACAAACGCCUGUCGAAAGGAAUAGAUCGAACGAAGAUGUUUUAUGAACAAGUUGUUGAUCACGACGAAGGUCCCGAGGGAGCGGUGGUUAUCUCGCUGGGUGGUGGAUUCAGUGACUACUACCGAAGAAAAUAUGCCGUAGAUGUUGGUCUCAACAAAAAAUGUGAUGGCUUUUCGGUCGAUUUGCGAGAGUUCACCGACGGUAAUGAAGUGAACAAGGAUGAAUUGAAAACUUUAGUUGAAGAGACGUUCGGCCCUCUCCCGCCUGCACGGUUUCGGUUCGUGGCUGGACCUUUUGACCCAGCAAUGGUGUUAUACCUUGUUCGACUCGGCUUUGAUUUGUUCGAUUCUUCGUAUGCUAUUAAGAUUUCCGAAGAGGCAAAAUGUCUUCGCUUAGCCGAUGAUUAUCCGUAUUCAUCUCACUUUGAACUGUUGGACUUCAACGACGAUAAAUAUGCUGAUGAUUAUGGUAAGCCUUUCGAUUCAUGCGAAUGCUAUACAUGCAAGAACUACACUAGAAUGUAUCUUCGACACUUGACUAAUACAAAGGAGUUGCUGGGCCCCAUCCUGCUCGUUAUACACAACUUAACCGAAUAUCAACGUAUGUUCCUACUGAUACGAAACGCCAUAGGUGAAGCUGAUCCAUUAUGA